UGCUACACAAUGUGACAAUAAUGACCUCAAUCUGCCGAUAAGCAUAAAAAGACGAUCAUCGCAGCCUAGUAGUAGCCUAGGAGCUAGUUUAGUCAAAGCCUGGAGCUUGAAUUAUUAAUACCCCAUCUUUGAUUUAACCCCAUUUCUAUCAUAGUGACACAGUGGCACAUCCCCCGCGUUACCUUACGUAUAUAUAUGCCUUUGCCGGUAUCCUCAUCGUCAUCGCUGAUUCAAAGAAGAGUUAUCAUAAAUAUCAAUAAUACUCGGGCAUUUCCAUCAAGAUAUUUUCAGAUCCUAUCUCGUGGUCUGGGCUGUUGUUGUACUGGUGAUUUGCGGAGUUCGUCGCCUGUACGUUUUAGGCCUGCGACGAGAUAUAUUGUGCCGUCAUCGACCAAGGCUCGAUUGUUUUCUUCUUCUACUGCUGCACCCGACAAAAUGGCCACAACACGGAAGAUUCAACUGUCCACUUCUGACGCGGGGAUAUAUAAUACUGGGGUAAGAGCAGAUGCUGCGCAGGCAGCGAGUGAGGUUUUACAGGAAGAUCUCGAAAAGCAUCAUACCAUUUUCAACGACCAGGGGUUCCAUAACCAUAUCGUUCAUCACAUAUUAACAAUCUAUUCCCUUGGUGCGUCGCCAGAGGAUAUCAGGGCCGCGUAUGACCAGAACAAAACCUACCAGAGACCCAACCCCCCGGUGAAUGAGAAUGUAGUCCAGUCAUUGGGUGAUAAAACCGAGUUUAAAAAUUAUUUCGGCCAGCCAGAGCAUUACCACGAUUUUCUGGCUUAUUUUCAACAGGAAAUUGACAAGAAAGGCGUGAAUGCCGUUCUUGAUGAGUAUUUGUUUUCGGGGGAUGAGUGUGCAGAGGCUAUGUUUGUCAGGUUGUUUUCCGGUCUCCUCCAUCCUUGGAUUCACCUCGGAUUUGGGAUUGAAUUCAGUCAGCCAGCUAUUGUUGCCGAGGCUCUGGCGGAAACGGCAAUCCAUAAUGACUGGAUAGGGUCAAUGUUUCUUUGGCCCGCUGAAAAGGUCGCGGGAGGAACUGAAGAAAAGGGAAAGAAGCCACUGGCGCAUAUUCUCCAAGAAAUGCACGCAGAUAAGAAGCUGAUCGAGUCUACCCAUUACGGCGAUGGGAUGAGAACUGGGGUCCUGAAACGGGCCCCAGAUGAGUUGGCUAAGUACGCGGCAGUGUAUACUGUGUCUGAGGACCAGUUGGAAGAGAGGCUAGCGGAAUUAACUAACACGAUUGUCGCUUAUACCGCUGCUGCACAACGUCCCCAGAAAGAAGUCAAGUUCGACUUUUUUCUUAUCCAUGGCGUCAAUUCGUCCAUCUUCUUCGAAAAGAUCUUCUCUCUUCCAUCCCUGGAUAUGCGCUCCAAAUGUCGUCUCCUGGAGUGGAUGGGACGCAUGAUCCUUUUCAUAUACACAAUGUGUGGUUUGCCUGAUCCAUUCCUCAACGAAGUAAAGGAGUACCGGACACCAAGAGACUGGAGUACUGUUAUUACUGCUAGUGUUGUACAUCCCCGGGAAGAUGGACACCUGUCCAAGCUGGUCAGAGCAGUGGCACACGGCGAAAGAAUAUGUCGCCCUUUCGACGAUAAAGGCAAGGAACAAGGGUUCUUAAUAUCCGGUGAUGAUUGGCUAAAGAUAGGAAAUAUGGCUAUCGAUUCGGUCAGUGAUGAGGAGCGCCCUUUGUGGGUUCGCUUGGCAGGUUUUAAGCAAGCAUGGGAUCAAUUUGCAGAUCGAUCUCGUCUUUGAAGAGAUCAUUGUCAUUCUAGAGCAUAUAAUAGUUAGUGACGAAGAGAAUCAUUCAUGGGAAAUUGCUAUGACUAGCUAAACUCCGUAGUAAGGAAAGUGACCGUGAAAAAGUGGUGGAUAGACAGCAAACGUGGCAAUAGAUAACACACGUGAAUAUGCAAAGAAGAUGCCUGUAACAGAUAAAAGAAGAUGAAGAAUCAAAGAUCUUCGGAAAGCAAAAGAAAACACAGCAUGAAGAGCGUUUGCAGCGUUUGCAGCGUCACGUGGUGAUUGCGAU